CUAAACACUCAAACAAAAAUGGAUUUUUGGAUACUGAAGUUGCUGCUGCCACAACUUCUGCUUGUGCUCAUUCAACAUGCUGAUGCAAUCUCUAUCAUCAAAUAUCUUCCUGGCUUUGAAGGCCCUCUUCCUUUCCAGCUUGAAACUGGGUACAUUGGUGUUGGUGAGGCAGAGGAAGAUCAAAUGUUCUACUACUUCAUCAAAUCUGAGAGGAACCCUGAAGAAGACCCCCUUCUUGUCUGGUUAACUGGAGGACCUGGCUGCUCUUCUUUCUCUGGCCUUGUUUAUGAGAAUGGGCCUCUUGCUUUCAAGGUUGAGGCCUACAAUGGAAGUAUCCCCACUUUGGUGUCUACUACAUAUUCAUGGACUAAGGUGGCGAAUAUAAUUUAUCUGGACCAGCCUGUUGGCACUGGCUUCUCCUACUCAAGAAAUCCCCUUGCUGAUAUACCAAGUGACACAGGAUCAGCUAAGCGGGUCGAUGAGUUUCUUCGUAAGUGGCUAGACAAGCAUCCUGAAUAUUUCUCAAAUCCUUUCUAUGUCACCGGGAACUCUUAUUCCGGUAAGGUGAUUCCGGCCAUUGUUCAAGAAAUCUCAAAUGGAAAUUAUAUAUGCUGCAAACCUCAAAUAAAUCUUCAGGGGUAUGUGCUCGGAAACCCGGUAACAAAUGUUGAUAUUGAUAAUAACACUCGCAUUCCAUUUGCUCACGGAAUGGCACUCAUCUCUGAUGAACUCUAUGAGUCAAUGAAGAAAAGAUGUGGAGGAAAUUAUUUUAACGUCGAUCCUCAAAACACAGAAUGCUUGGAACUCGUUAAAGACUACAAAAAGUCUGUUUCUAGAAUAUAUGAAGAACUUAUCCUACAAUCAAACUGUGACAAAACGUCUCCUGAUUGCUAUACUUAUUGGUAUUCACUAUCUGAAUACUGGGCUAAUAACGAGAGCGUACGUAGAGCACUUAGAGUGGUGAAGGGGACUACAGGGGAAUGGGAUCGAUGUAACUGGAACGUGCAGUGUAAUCAAGACAUUCAAAGCAGCAUACCAUACCAUAUGAAUAACAGUAUCAAAGGCUAUCGAUCUCUCAUCCUCAGUGGUGAUCACGAUAUGACAAUCCCUUUUGUUGGAACUCAAGACUGGAUAAGGUCUCUAAACUUUUCCAUUGUUGAGAAAUGGAGGCCAUGGAUGGUAAAUGAUCAAGUCGCAGGAUAUACCAAGACUUAUGCUAAUAAGAUGACAUUUGCCACUGUAAAAGGAGGUGGGCACACACUAGAGUAUAAACCAGUGGAGAGCUCAAUCUUGUUCGAGAGGUGGAUAAGUGGCCAACCUCUUUAAAUAUAGAAACUUUAAUCUUGUUAUCUGAUUAAUGUUGAAACCGAAAGUGUUUGGUUUCUGGAUUCAUAGAGAGACAUGUUUUGUUAUUAUUUUGUUUUAACUAAUUAUUUUUCUUA